AUGAAGAUUGAAGUGAUUGAGAGAGCUUACAUUAAGCCUUCUAUGCCAACCCCACCCCAUCUUUGUAAGCAUGAGUUUUCUUUUCUCGACCAAAUCGCAACACACAUUUUCAUGCCUAUGAUCUUUUUCUACAAUAAUAAUCAUGUUAACGAUGCAAGAACUUAUUCAGAUAAGGUAAAACAAUCUUUAUCUGAGAUCUUAACACAAUAUUAUCCGUUGGCUGGACGUAUCAUUGAAAAUGCCUUCAUCGAUUGCAACGACCAAGGUGCGCCUUACGUCCAAGCCCGAGUGAGGUCCCCACUUUCCGAUGUCAUAUCCGAAGCAGACCCAAACCAGCUCAACAAACUACUCCCAUGUGAACUAGACAAAGUCGGUGACUUGGUUCUUGCUAUCCAAGUCAGCAUGUUCGAUUGUGGUGGCAUGGCUAUUGGAAUUUGCAUUUCUCACAAAGUUGCCGAUGCAUUGUCAUUCAUCACGUUCCUCAACAGUUGGGCGUCGAUAUCUCGUGGAGAUUGCAACAUUACAAAUAGUACAGUCAGUCCUCCAAUUUUUGAUUUGGCCACGCUCUUUCCGCCUAGAAGCAUAUCAGGAUUCAAACCAAGCACUGGGAUCGCUAGAGAAAAAAUCGUCACAAAAAGCCUCCACUCAAGGAAGCCGAACCCCAACACUCUUUACAGAGUGCUUCACACCGUUAACUUGCGGACGAGGAUGGACCCACCACUGCCUGAAUACCAUUUCGGGAACGUGAGCCGGUUUGUCAUGUCCUCGCCGUCGUUUGACGAGGGAGAGGACACGUGUUACGGGAUCGUGAGCCAGAUGAGGCAGGCUAUAAAGACGAUCGACGGUGAUUACAUAGCCAAAAUCAAAGAGGGCAACGAGCUCUUGGAGUUUUUGAAGCAGCGAAUGGAGGAGUUUAUGAAGGGUGAAGUAGCGUCGUUUAGCUUUACCAGCUUGUGCAGGUUCCCACUUUAUGAGACGGACUUCGGGUGGGGCAAGCCUGUGUGGGUCGGGUCGGUCAGCUUUCCAUUUAAGAACCUGGUUAGUUUCAUUGAUGCUGGGUCGAGUGGUGGGAUUGAAGCAUGGGUGAAUUUGAAGGAGGAAGACAUGGCUAAGUUCCAACAUGAUGAGCAGCUGCUGGCAUGUACUUAUCCAGCACAAGAUGCCAAGGUUUAG